AAAAGCCUUCUGUCCGGUCGCGCACCUUUGUGUUUCUGUAACAUAAAUCACAAGCCGAUAUUUUCCCUAUGACAUCACCCAUAAGCUCCACCGACUUUCGGGUUUCCCUGCAUGGUGCUGUUCACCCAGUCAGUCUAACGUGGGCAGCUGUAUGAUCAGUGCUCAUUCUCCAUUUUUAGACAAUGACCAGCUCAAUGUGUUUUAAACAUACCAGGAUAUUUUAAAUAUUCCCGAACGCUUUCUUUGAUGUGAGAUCGAUCAUCACUGCAACUACACCAUACAAUUACACAUACACGUAUCUGCACCCAGAUUGGAUGUCAGCCCAUGUUACGCUGUCAUUGUGACAGUAAACUCGGUUAACCUGUGACACAACUACACCUGGAAUGCUUUCCAAAAGUACCUCCUGUAUCCUAGUCCUAAUCUCUUUUCCUAAACUCUUACAAGGAAAAGUGGAUAGGAGAAUUUCUCAGGAUUUAGGAAAAGAGAACAGCCUUACACUUGUCUCUCCUUAACGAUGUGACUCCGGAUGUCCGCCGAGUUGAAGAUGGACUACAAAACGCCACACUGCGUUCCAACCCUGUUGUUUUAUGAGCUCACACAUUCCCAAACAUGGCUGGGAGACGAGCUGCACUGAAGGCCAUUGACUGGGCGGCUUUCGCAGAGAGGGUGCCGCCCAACCAGAGGACCAUGUUCAACAACCUGAAGACGCGAAGUGAUGCCAUUGCUGCCAAGCUCACCUCUCUACCCGAGAAACCUCCUGCUAUUGACUGGAGCUACUACAGAUCUGUUGUGGCUAAAGCAGGCAUGGUGGAUGAGUUUGAAAAGAAGUUCAGUGCCCUGAAGGUCCCGGAGCCUGUAGACACUCAGACAGCAAUUAUAAAUGCUCAGGAGGAGGAAGCGAACAAAACAGCCACUGCCUACAUUGAAGGAUCCAAGGCUCGUAUCGCUCAGUAUGAAAAACAGCUGGAAAAAUUCAAGAACAUGAUCCCAUUUGACCAGAUGACAAUUGAAGACCUGAAUGACACAUUCCCAGAAACAAAGCUGGACAAAGAAAAGCAUCCUUAUUGGCCACACAAGCCCAUUGCUGAUCUGUAAAUUCACCACACUAUUUAUAUUCCAUAUGCUGAGGAAAGAUCUGUCUAUAAGUCUGUACAUCAACUUCUCAAGAAAUGAAAGCAUCGUGUGUUUUAUUUCUUUGUAAUUUGGCGUAAUUAAAUCCUGAAAUCGUG